AUGGAAAACAGUGGGCAGACAUCUGAGGAGAGGAGCACAGGAGGACAGGAGCAGGGUGUGCAGGAGAAUGGGAUUAAUGGGGAGGAGGUGGAUCCCAUGGAGGAGUUCAGUAGACAACUGGAGGAGAUCAUCCAAACAUACGGCUCAGCCUCCACUCUGAUGGAGCAGCAGAUCUCUGCCCUCGAGAUGGACGAGGAGGCGAAAGCGGCAGAGGAGGCCAGUGGUGAGAAAGUGGAUGAAGACACGAGCACCAAAGACUCCAGCGACAGCGUCAGUGCAGGCAAGGAUCAGAAAGCAGAGAAGAAAUUACUCAAAGGCUUAGGUAAGGAGGCCACACUGCUGAUGCAGAACCUGAGUAAGCUCAGCUCAGCAGAGGAGAAGCUGGAAACGAUGCUGAAGAAGUAUGCAGAAUUGCUGGAGGAGCAGAGAGGAGAGCAGAGGCAGCGGAAGCUUCUGGAGAAGAGACAUAACCUCCUGGUAAAGCAGAAGGACCAACUUCAGUUUGAACACAGCCGUGCCAUCUUGGCCCGCGGCAAACUGGAAGGUCUGUGCCGUGCUCUUCAGAGACACAACAGAACCCUGAAGGAGGAGACACUCCAGAGGUGUCGUGAGGAAGAGGAGAAGCGGAGAGAGAUCACCAGUCACUUCCAGACCACUCUGGUGGACAUCCAGGCUCAGAUUGAGCAACACAGCAACCGAAACAACAAACUGUGUAAGGAGAACAGCGAACUAGCUGACAAGCUCAAAACCAUCAUCGAGCAGUACGAGAAGAGAGAGGAGAGUUUGGAGAAGAUUUUCAAACAGCGUGACCUGCAGCAGAAGCUGUCUGAUGCCAAACUGGAGCAGGCACAAAUGCUGCUGAGAGAGGCAGAGGAGAAACACAAACGAGAGAAGGAAUACUUGCUUAAAGAGGCUAUUGAGAAAACAAAGAAAUGCUUCAAAAUGAAGGAGCAGGAAUUGGAGAUGAAGAAACAGCUUGUAUUAUACUCUCAGAAGUUCGAUGAGUUCCAGGCCACACUGGCCAAGAGCAAUGAAGUCUACAUCACUUUCAAGCAGGAGAUGGAUAAGAUGACAAAGAAGAUGAUGAAACUAGAGAAGGAGUCCAACACAUGGAAAAUACGAUUCGAAAACAGCAACAAAGCUCUGCUAGAGAUGAUUGAAGAGAGGUCAGAGAAGGCCAAGGAAUUUGAGCUCUUUGUGUUGAAGGUGGACAAGCUAGAGACAUUGUGUCGAGCCCUGCAGGAAGAGAGGAAAGGCCUGUACGUGAAAAUCAAGGAGGUCCGUAACGCUAAUGAAGCCGCCUCGGCAGCAGCGACGGAAAUGCCCAAAGUGGAAGAGCUGCCAGGUCUGACCAACGACCCGGAUGUGAAGAUAGUGUUGACAGCGGAGAUGGAGAAGCUGAAGGCAGAGCAGAUCCGUCUGCAGGAGUUUGCCUCCUCGUUGAUGGCCUCCAUCAGAGAUGGUGUGAAUGACUCUGACAGUGAGGAGGAAACAGCUGCAUCAUCUGAGAGCCAGACAUCACAGACAGCUCCUCCUGUUAGCGCUGCUCACCAAUCUCUCCAACACAAAGCCAAGCCUACCACACAAGAGCCAAGCAAAUUAGUUCCCAUUAAAGAAGAGCCCAGUCUCUUGGAAGAAACCAAACCAGAGAUUCACGUCCCAGAUGUAGCCAGUGUAGAGUCUGGUAAGAAACAGCCAUCAGUUCCUGAGCCAAGCCAACCUGAUCCAAAGAAGCAAGACCCAGCUAGUGAACUAACCUCUGAGCAAGAAGAAGCCAAGCAAAAAUCAACCCAACUGCCCAAAGAGGAACCAACCAAACAAGAAACAACCAAUCAGGAACCAAAUAAACAAAAAUCAAACAGUCAGAAAGCAGCUAAACAAGAAUCAUCCAAUCAGAAAGCAACUAUCCAAGAAACAAUCAAACAGGAACCAACUAAACAAGAAUCAACAAAUCAGAAACCAACUGAGCAAGAAACAUCCAUUCAAGUACCAUCUAAACAGGAAUCAACCAAUCAGGAACCAACUAAAGAAAAAUCUAAUCAUCAGAAAGCUACUAAACCAGACCCAGCCAAUCAGAAAGCAACUAAACAAGAGACAUCAACUCAGGAGCCAAAUAAACAAGAAUCAACCAAUGAGAAACCAACUGAACCAGAGCCCCAAAAAGUAGAGGUUGCCCAGCAAGAUGUGGUGAAACCAGAGGCUUCUAAGUCCACGCUAGACCAGCCAGAACCACCUCAACCUCAACCCACUCUAUCAGAACAAAAGGCAGCAAAACCAGAGGAAUCUACCAGCUCUGAUUUGGGAGAAACACAAGGGGCAGCCCCAGCUGGGGCUAAAGCCAAGGCAAAGCCACAAAGCUCCAAACCACAAGAUGCCAAGCCAAAGGCAGCAAAGUCUCAGCCUAAAAAACAAGGCUCCUCUAAGAAGAAAGGUGCACCUAAGAAUUCAAAGAAACCAAGCUAA